GUCAGAGGGCCCCGCAGCUCCCUGAUUGUCCCCGCAGAUCAGUUCCCUCACUCCGGGUUCCAGAGCCGCUCCGCCGCCUCCAGCUCCAGAAGCUGCUGCCGUGCCCCCUCCCUCCGUCUCCACCAGCGCCACCUAGUGCCCUCUUUGCACACAACAAGCUGUAAUUACCACCCCACCCCUCCAGGCAGAUCUGAGCAGACACCCGUCUCUCGUCCGUCUCAUCAGUGAAGACACAGCUUCCAGUCAGGUGACCCGUCCCCUCCCCGGCGUCCAGGCAUGGCAGACGGUCGGCAGCCAGACGAGCACUGGGCCUCCAACGGCCGAGAGAACGGCGAGAACGGCUACUCCGCCUACGGCUCCGGCUACAAGGAGAACGGAUUCCACGGCGGGGCGGCUGCACAUCCUGGAACGACAGUGGAUGAGUCAGCCAAUUUGCCUCCCUCCCCUCCCCCCUCUCCAUCCGCUGAGCAGAUCGGGCCCGUGGCACAAGAAGAUAAAGUAGAGAAGGAGGUGGAUGAGGAGCAGGAGGAGGAGCAAGAGGAGGAGCAGGAGGAGGAGCAGCAGGAGCAGGAGGCUCCCGACAGGCCCCAGGAGGAGGUGACAUAUGAGCAGCCAGGAGACUCGCUCUUAGAGCAGGCAGAUUAUUUAGCAGAGCCCCAGGCUUUUGGCUGCCAGCAGACACCUGAGGUCCUCAAUGGAGGAGCUCAUCCAGGUGAACGCAGCUCGUCUCCAAAAGGUGUGUGUGUGUGUCUGUGUGUGGUUCAACUGAGUGAAUGUGCGACUGUUCUCUUCCUUCUUUGCAUGAUCCUCUCGUGCUCUGUUUAUCGAGCACGGAGACUUUUCCUCUCUCGGUUUCCAAAGUGUGAUGCGACUCCGGCUUUGCCGCCGACCUUCCUCCGGCUUCUUUGCUCUUCAGCUUCUGCUUCGACACCUGAAGUGACACAACACCACACUUUGAUUUUUGUGCUUUCCUCAUACCAUACGCUUUCCAUCGGAGCGACAUUAGAAGACCUGAUCAACCAUGUUGCGGUUGAUCACCUCUCUGCCCUCUUGUAUUGCCAGCUACAUUGCAAAUGCCAAUAUCACUGUGUGAACGAUGGAGAAAGUUGUACAGUGUCCUUCGAACUCGCAGCCCGGCCGGAAGAAGAAUGUCUCAGUCCGGAGUCGGGUGAGUCUGUGGUGAAGGAAGACGAGCAGCAAGUGCCGUCGCUGCUCGGGAAGCAGCCGGUUGUUGAGAAAUCGAAUCCUGAAGGGGAAGAAGUCGCCUUGAGUGAAGCUCUUCCUCCUCCGUCUGUGAAAGAUGAAGAAGCUUCCUCGAUGGAGGAGGCAAGAAAAGAUGAAGAGGGUGAAGUAGAAGAGUCAGAAGAGGUGAAAGAGUCAGAAGAGGUGAAAGAGUCAGAAGAGUCGGCGCCAAGCAAAGAGAAACCGAAAGCUGAGUCCAUAGAUACAGAACAAGAUGGAGGUAGUGACAUUAGAAUGCAGGAGACACCAGUGACUGAGAUUGAAAACCUCAAAUCGAGUCCAGAACCUGGUGCAGAGACCGAGAGCACAUCUGGGAAGUUGGUAGAACAGAAACCAGGAGCUGCAACUUACUUUGAGACGUCCUCAAAAAUCCCCGGAGACAAUUCAGCGCAAACUCAGAGCUAUUACGAGCUCAGCACAGCGGCAGAGACGGAGUCAAGAGAACCUGAAGAUGUUGUUCUGAAGCAAGAGGACGAAGAGGAGGAGACAGUGAAGACGUCCAGCUGUGAAGUGUCUAUAGAGCAGGGAAGCCUCUCGUUGAACAUCACUGUCGGAUCCUUGGAGAAGGAGUCCAGCUCCUUCUCUGAGAGUUUGUGUCCAAUCAGUGGAAGUUUUGAUGAAGCCGACGUUCCCCCUUCAACGCCUCCCGUGGAGAGCCAUGACCCCAAGCUUCCUCCAGCGGUGUCCAUCACUCAAACAUCUGCUGACGCACACGAGGAUGCUCUUGCUGAAGAGACGCCUCCAAGUCCUGACGAGGAAAUGUCCAGUUUCUGCCUCUCUGAGAUGUUGGACCUGGCGGGAGCGCUGCCUCAGCUGUCGGGGGGGAGGAGGGAGGUCGACCACAUGAGGAGAAAGUCGGUGCCCACCAAUGUGUCGUCCCUCGUGGGCAGCUCUUUGGCCCGGCUCGCUUUGGGAGAUACCAUCUCGAGGAGAGAAAACCAGCUGGAGGAACUGGGCUACUGUGUUUUCAACGAGUACUCGGGGCCGAUGCCCUCACCGGCAGACGUUCCCAGUCCUGGACACUCUCCACACCAGUGCUUCCAGUCUGUGGAGAGCGAGGUUGAGGAAGAGCUCAGUGGUUACAAGGGGAUCCAGCAACCAGAGAAGAAGGACUCACCAGUGAUGACGUCCAAAAUGAUGGAAAGAGCCGUGACGAGCGGAGUGAAACCCGAUCGCCUGAGAAUCCCAAUGACCGGCUCCAAAGACAGGCUGAAUGAGUUCCGUUUGGAGAGCGGCCUGACUGGCGACCUCAAGAUCCAAGCCAUCCCUGAGGUGGACGUGGAGAAAGACCCGUCCAGAGAGGCUUCCCCCAUCCCACCGGACAGUUCCUUCACUUUCUGUCCUGUGGACCCUUUGAGCAGAAUUCCAAAGAGUCCCACCGUCCCCAAAUCUCCAGAGGACGCACUUUCAGAAAGCCAAGACGCUAAAGACGAAGCUGGGGAAGAUGUCAAAGCGGAGGACGAGUUAGAAUCUGAGAGCAGAGAGGAUAAAAAGCCAGAGUUGGACAAAGACACGACGCCAACCGAGCAGAAAGAAUCAGAACAAAGUAAAGAAGCAAACAGAUCCUCAGUCUUCUCUCCAUCUUCAGAAGAGAAGAAGAUUCAAGAGGUCACAGAAACACAAGAGAUCCCAAAAGCCCAAAUCCACUCACAAAUAACCACCUCCAUCAUCGUCAUACCUCAAGCACAAACAGAGGAAGAGGAUGAAGACGAUAUAGAGAUGGCUGAAGAGCCUCAGGAGAUGAUGGAGGAACUAGAGGAGCCUGUUCCUCCGAAGACGCAUGAGGCUGAAGACAGAAAGAAAGAGGAGGAGACGGGAGGCGACCAGGUGGUGGAAGAAGAGCCAAAGUCAGGAGGAGAAGAACGGAGUCGUGGUGCGACCCACUCGUCUCCGUGCUCCGACAAGGGAGGAGGCAGAGAGGACGGGACGGGGGAGGAAGAAGAAGGGAGGAAACAGGAAGAGGAGGUAGAGAAGAGGAUGGAUGAAGAGGAGGAAGAGAAGAGGAUGGAUGAAGAGGAGGAGAAAGACGUAGAGAUCGGUCAGGAGGUGCAGGAGACGAGUCAGGGGGAGAACGAUGAGACCACACUGGACGUCUCCAUCCUGGACACAGACAGUGGCUGGAUGGACUCACAAGAUGAGGACAAAAGUAUUAUGACCGAGCAAAUCGAGGCCCUUCCUCUCACCCAGAGUUCCACCGGCUCGCCAGCGGUGGACAGACCCGCUAAACGGGCCCCUGGCAGAGGAAGGGGCCCCGCUGGCACCGCUGAGAGCAAAGUGUCCCGCAAAGUGCCCGGCCACCAUCCCAGAGAGGAGACGAAGAAGAAAAAAGUAGGCAUGAGGAGGGCUGAGCAGAAUAAGCUGUCAGUCCUCCAAACUCGCUCUCCAUCUCGAAAGAGCGCAGGCAGAGCGGCGGCCAGACACCCGCGGCCCGCUCUGCUGCACGGCCCUGCUAGACGCAAGGCCUCAGGUGAACACGUCUUUGCAGGCAUGGAGAGCCACCAGCCCCUCAGUGUGGCCCACCAGUCCAGGGAGAGGACCACUGAGAGAGCGUACCGCAGCCCGGAGAAGAGGUCGUCCCUCCCCCGGCCGGCCAAGUCCCUGACACGCCACAUCCCGGCUGCGGAGCAGGACGACAGCACCCCCUGCAGGCCAACCUCGAUCCGGUCCAGAGGGGACAGCAGGUCUCGAAGGGCCCCUGGUAUGGCAGCCACAGACUCCCGUUCUCGGUCAGUCCGUAGCGGCGCCUCCACCCCCGGCUCCACCGCCGUCACGCCCGGCACACCCCCGAGCUACGCCUGCCGCACCCCGGGGUCACGCACCCCCGGCAGCCACACCCCCAAGUCCUUCAGCAUCCUCCAGGAGAAGAAGGUGGCGGUGAUCCGGACUCCGCCCAAGUCGCCGUCCACCGCCCAUCGGCAGCUGAAGGUUCUCAACCAGCCGCUGCCCGACCUGACGAAUGUCAAGUCUAAGAUCGGCUCCACCUCCAACCUCAAGCAUCAGCCCAAGGGCGGACAGGUCAUGAUUCCAAGUGUGAAACUGGACUUUAGCCACGUUCAGUCUAAAUGUGGCUCCCUGGCAAAGAUCCAGCACACGGCCGGAGGAGGAAACGUCCAGAUCCAGACCAAGAAGCACGACAUGAGCCACGUCACCGCAAAAUGUGGCUCAAUGUCCAACAUCCGCCACAGGCCAGGGGGCGGUAACGUGCGCAUCGACAGUGUGAAGCUGGACUUCAAGGAUAAGGCCCAGUCCAAGGUCCGCUCGCUGGACAACACCACCCACACUCCUGGAGGGGGCAACAUUAUGAUCGAGAGCCACAAGCUGACCUUCAGGGAAACGGCCAAAGCCCGAGUGGACCACGGCGCCGAGAUCGUGGUCACCCACACCCCCGGCGUGGAGACGGGAGGCACGUCCCCUCGCAUGUCCUCCGCCGGCAGCAUCAACCUGCUGGAGUCGCCUCAGCUCUGCACGCUGGCCCAGGACGUCACCGCCGCCCUCGCCAAGCAGGGCUUAUGA